UUUUGUUUACACAAGGGUUGCCAAUUGAAACUUGUGAACACACAAGCUAUUGUGGAUAAAACUACAUGUAGUUCAUAUGCUGAGUUACGGCACAGGAUUCCUUUCCACAAAGUGCUUGUCCCACCGCUGUCAAGUGUAAAUCGUGUACGAAGGAUAGAGCUUUAACAGUUGACUGGGAGAGGACUAGGGUAUAUGGACGUUUCAUACCCAGGUCAUGCUGUUGAUGCAAUGCAAUAAUAUUGGUGAUCAUAUAUUGAUAUCAAGUAUGAAGCCACACUCAAGUCAUGCUUUGUUGUGAGUAGAAGAGUGUUAUAAGUGCUGCUUACGACCUCCUGUUUCCUUCUAGGUGUGAGAAGUGGAUAUUUCAGUUCCGUCUAGGACGUCACAAGUUGUGUAGGAAGGACAUACACUGUGCCGUGUAACGCUACAAUGAAGACCUGCUGGAAUAUACUGAUAUGGAUGUGGAUGGGUGUUAUCCACAGAGCGGAGCAUGUCAAUGGUGAUUUUUUACUGACGAGCUCACCAUUAAUACCAACCGAUGGAGACCUCUUCACCUUGACCUGUAGCUUCCGUGAUGAAUUUACAGUAAACAUUGGAUGGCUGCAGAACAACAAACCUAAGGUCGUUACUCAAAGGGUCACUAAUUGUAUUAAGAGCUCACUCGCUUAUGGGCAGGACACCAUCAACCGUAUCAAUGUGAGUUGCAGUACCACGGCCCAUAGUAUGACGUUUAGAUUUAGCUCCACCACCGACCAAGGAUCAGUGUGGCAGUGUGGGAAACAGGUUUCCGACUACGUUAUACACCCGAGAAGCAACAAUUAUACAAUAGGUUCUGUCAUGUCAACACAGUCAUUACCAACAACGACCCGAUCUAUGGCGAUUUCACCGGAUCCUGAGACAGUGACGCCAACGAAAGUCGUUACAAGACCUGUCACGUCAACACAAUCAACAUCAACAACGACACGAUAUAUGGAGACUACAUCGGACCCUGAGACAGUGACGCCAAAGACAGUCGUUACAAGACCUGUCACGUCAACACAAUCAACAUCAACAACGACACGAUAUAUGGAGACUACAUCGGACCCUGAGACAGUGACGCCAAAGAAAGGUCCCAAAAACCCACAGCCACUCAAUACCGAAUGUAACGUGACAGGUGUUAUAGCAGGAAGCACAAUAGGAACCCUCCUUCUUACCCUGGUGAUUGAAGGACUAGUUCUGACUGUCCUCUAUAGGAAGGGGUUCAGGUUUGGAAACGUCUUGAAAGGAACUUCUUCACAAACAAGCACCAGAAAUCCUGAAAUUGAAGAAAUGGACAACGAAGGAUAUUCAUCCUUGGAUCAAAUCAGUGGUCCUGCUCAUGACUCAAGAAUAGGUAAAGAGGGAUCGGAAAAGCAACAUCACGCACCGUUGAAGAUUUACGAGAGCACAAACGCCGAGGCCGAAGCAGAGACAAGUACCUACGAUAUCUUGACAGAGACGCCCCCUGUAUCUUACGAGUCCAUCAGAGCAUCUCCAUACCAGAACAGCGGUGCUCGAUAGUACGAUCCUGUGAAUACACAAAGAAGCAUGUAAAAUGAUGACAUCAAAGGACAGUUAUACAUGGCCCGUGAUCUGACAAUUUUGUUUACCUUUCGUAUAGUUUACUUUUAACAUAUGACUGCUACCUUGGAGAAUAUACCUAUGUUAUUUUAUAGUAUGAACCUUUGUACCAUGUAAACAUAUAGCAUACAAAACUGUAUCACCACCAGGGGCGGUCAGGUAGCCUAGUGGUUAAAGCGUUCGCUCGUCACGCCGAAGACCCAGGUUCGAUUCCCGACAUGGGUACAAGU